GGUAACAAGUGCGCGCCAUGUGCGACCACGGAGUGAACUCUACGAAUAUGGAGUGUGGUUGAAGAGAGGUCGGGCACGUCGGGCAGGUGGCUUUCUUCUUUGCCUCUCGGGGCGGCAUGUUGUCAGUACUGCGCCUUACUUGCAAUAUGGCGACCGGGGUUCGCGUAAAGUGAUGACAGCCAGUCCGUAACAUGUUGAAUGAGUUUUAUAAUUCAAAUAUAUCACAAUUUUGAUAAUUUAAAUGGUUAAUUCUGUACCUGAAUUAUCUCAACGAUUAGUGAAGGCAUUGGAUGAGGAUUAUAAUGUUAUCGAUAUGCGCGCAGUUUUGGAAAUCAUCGCUACCUUGGAACAAACGUCAGUCACUGAAGAACUGCUUAAAACCACCCGACUGGGGAAACUCGUGAAUGUGCUUCGCAAAAAGACUAGUAAUGAAGAACUCGCCAAUCGUGCCAAAGGUUUAGUGAAAAAGUGGCGUAAAAUUGCCUUACCGUUAUCAAAUGGCUCUGCUUCGGUGGAAAAUCAACAGAGAACUAGUUCUGUUGUGCGAAAUACUAAUAAUAAUGUGCAUCAAUAUUCCCAACACAUUGAAGCCGUGGCCUUCAGGAACGGCACUAGUGAUCGGAUCACAAACCGGCCCGAUAGUAGGUCCCAGAGUCCCCUUAUAAAGAACGAGCGCCCGAUCACUACCAUAUACGUGUCUGAUCGUUCCCAGAGCCCCAUGUUAGUCCAAACUGCUCCUGUCAAGCGUAGAUUAGGAUCAGAUCUAGUUUCACAAUCAAACAGAUUCUCAGAUUUUACAGAGGUGUUAGAUAACCAAAAUUCAAAUUCUAGUUUUCAUUCCGUGAUAUCUUUAGAUACAACGUCCGAUGCUGACAAAUCGUUAGCGACGGCCGCAGCUAAACACAAAAAAGAAAAGCGAUCUAGUAAAAAACAUAAAACUUUACCUUCCGAUUUUGAUAGCUUAUCAAACACAUCAGAGAGCAAUGCUGUAUAUUUUCAACAUGGAGUUUUACAAAAUACGCAACCUCCCAAAAAAUCUGACUUAACUUUUGAAGGUAAAUUAAAUAAUAUACAAAGUGAAGAACCGCCUAUUGCUACAAUUCUUCCUGUAAAUGAAACACCAGCCAUUCAACCUAUCGUUGAAGACAAACCUGCACCCAAAAAGCGCGGUCGCAAAAAAGGAUCAAAACUUAUCGGGAAGCCAGUUGUUAAUUCCUAUUCAGAUAUAAAGCAGAAAAUCGCUUCUAUAUCUGGCAAAACUAAAAUUAAAACUACUAAAGAACUGUUGGCUGAUCUGCAAAAUCGUAAAAGUCAGGGUCUAAGUCAAGUUAUCACACCUUCAUUAUCUUUAACUUCAUCUACUCCUCCAUUAGUCAAAGUAGAAUCACCUGCCAAACCUCCAUUGUCUGUCCCUAAUGUUCUUCCACAAACAGUAAUAAAAAAAGAACCCAUAGUUGAACCUGAUAUUAUAAUUGAUGAAGUUCCUUCAACAAGUAUUAGUGCUCCCACGAUAAUAAAUGUGAAGAAACGACCCCGAUCUAAAACACCCGAGAAACCAAUUCCUGAAGGACCAUUAACUAUACAACAAAUUCUGGCACAACUGCCACCAAUAGACCGAUCAUUUCAGUUGACUGAAGAUCCAGAUGAAGUAAUUUGCACAUGUACUGAAAAGCCUGCUUCUCCUGUACCUUCUGUAAAUGUCAUAGCUCCUGUGCCUAAAAGAAGUAUAUUUGAUGAAGAUUAUGAAGAAGAGCCUCCUGAUAACCAAGUUCAACUUGUUGCUGUUCCCUUACCUCCACCAUCACUUCCAAAAACAAUUAUUGAUCCCAAUUGUCCUGCAAAAGCUAAGUAUUGUGAUGAACCAGAAAAUAUAACUUCAGAAAUGUUAGAUAGAUUGCAUUGUUCAUUUAUUGAAGGUGUGAAUGGUAACCGUGAUCAUGGUGUUGUUAGUCAAAAUGAAUUAAAUUUACCUCUGGAUAGGGCUGACUGCGUGCCGAAGUAUGGAACAACUCCUGAAGGCAAUUUGCACAUGCCAUUGCCCAAAAAUCCUGGUUCAGAUAGUGAUUGUGUUCUUGUACAUUCUAACAUUCAAUUCUCAGAAAGGAACUCAGAGAAUAGUAGUUCGUGUUCUAGAAAUGAAUUCAAAGAGUGGCAUGAGGUGGUACAAAGACGUUCGUACCAAAAUGAACUAAUCACCAUUUUGCCUUAUGUCGUCAUUGACUAGAAGAGUUUAUGAUACUAGAUGUGUUACAAAAUGAUAUAACUCUCUUUCAAUUAAAUUACUUAAGAAUGGCUAUUAUUUUGUGAAUCAUUAUGGUACGUGUGUGUCCAUUUCCCUCAUAAAGUGGAAAUAAGAUUUAAUAAUAGUUUUUGUACAGAUAUUUUUGUAUAUUUUGAAAGUGUGAUUUUUCUGAUGAAAAUAAUAGUGCAAGUGCUGUGCGCAUGUGUUUUGAUAUUGAAAAUGGGUUUAUAAAAUUAAAUCUAUAAUAGUCUGAACUUUGUUAUUGUACUAAAGACAAUUUAUAUAUUAGUGCCAGGGGCUGGUGAAUUGAUUUUUGCCCUGUAUGGUUGCCCAGUGCGCCAAGUGUGUUUAAA